GCCGGGUUGCUCAUGCUCAGAAAAGGUAAUCAUUGGAGUGGCUUAUGACUGUAUGGAGAAAAUGGUCUACUGGACUGAAAUUACGUCUCCCUCAAUCAGCAAGGCCAGCAUCCAGGGAGGAGAACCCGUUGCGGUCAUUAGAUCAGAUUUGGAUAGCCCAGAGGGUAUCGCCGUCGACCACUUGGGGCGGACCUUGUUCUGGACGGACUCUGUGAAGGAUCGCAUCGAGGUGGCCUCUUUGGACGGGUCUCAGCGUCGUGUCAUUAUAGACUCUGAUCUUGUCAACCCCCGUGCUAUUAUCACUGACCCUCCCAAUGGUCAUCUAUACUGGGCCGAUUGGAACCGCGAUGCCCCCAAGAUUGAGACCUCUUACAUGGAUGGAUCCAACAGAAGGGUGCUGGUUAAAGAUGAUCUCAGCCUACCUAACGGAUUGACUUACGACUCUCAGAGCUCUCAGCUUUGUUGGGCAGAUGCAGGCACACAUAAGAUGGAGUGCAUGCAUCCUGGCCGGGGUGACCGCAGACAGGUUAUGGAGGGCAUUCAGUACCCUUUUGGAAUCACGUCUUUUGGGAAGAACAUCUACUACACUGACUGGCGGAGGGAUGCCGUUGUGGCUGUGGACCGCUACACUGGCAGGCAGUCAGAUGAGUUCCAGCCUCAGAAACGGACCAAGCUAUAUGGGAUCGCCACAGCCUAUGCCCAGUGUCCUUCAGGACAAAACUACUGUGCUGUGAACAACGGAGGCUGUACUCACCUCUGUUUAGCAACCCCUACCGGCCGCUCCUGCAAAUGUCCCAGCAACGCAGUGGCUGUGGGCUGUGUGGAGAGAGACAGCGGGUACUGAAAGGAGGCGGCUGCGAGAGUUGACACUGUUUGGAUGUUUGACCGCAAAUUAGGAGCCACUCAGCAUUACUAAACUAUAGCUGCUGAAAACGCCACUGAAAACCAGAGAUGAACUAAACUGUGCCUUUUAUCGCUCAGUGUUAUACUUAUCUACAUUUUUACAUUUCCCAUUGCCUUUAUAAAACCACAAAUGCCUUUGAGAAUUGUAAAUACAAACACUAUUAUUUUUUUGUCUUUUCCUGAGUGCACAUAAACUGAGAAUAAAGUUCAAGGGAUACAUAAUUUAAUGUGAACUUCAUCACAGCAUGUCACGGCAUGACAUCAUCUCAUGUCAGAUGCUGUUACACUGUGGUAUGGUUGGAUUAGUUUAUCUCAUUGAGGUAUUGUGAAGUAUGACUAGUUUCUGUACAUGCUGGUGGGAUGAGUUUACAUGCUGGGCAGCAAAAGAAUAAACUUUUUCUAACA